AUGAUAUUGGCAUUAGUAAAGAGACACAUUCCACCUACAGCUCCUCUAGAAGAUCUUCCAGAAGAAGAAAUUAAACAACUUAAAUUUUCUAAAGAUUUCUAUUUUGGUACCGCAUCAUCAGCAUAUCAAGUCGAAGAUACCAAAGAAGAAUCUAAUUGGACACGAUUUUCACAUCAAUUCAAUCGUGAAGGCGAAAGAAAAGCCCCCGAUCAUGAAAAUGCAUGCAAAGCAUUCGAGAAUUUCGACAAUGAUUUACAAAUAAUGAAAGAUUCUAAGUUUAACUGCUAUAGAUUCGGAUUAUCAUGGUCUGAUAUUGAACCAAAACACGGAGAAUUUAAUGAUUCUUAUAUGCAGAAUUAUAUUGAACAAUGUGAUAAGCUCACUGCUCAAGGAAUCGAACCAAUGAUCACCCUCUUUCAUUUUGAGUAUCCAGGAUGGAUAGAAGACGAAAAAGGAUUAUUAUCACAGAAUUUCCAUCAAUAUUUCAUCGAAUUUGUUGAAUACACUGUUACAAAACUUAAAGGCCAUUGCAAGUACUUCUUUACAAUCAAUGAACCAAUGUCCGUCAGUCUUAUGGGAUAUUUAGGCGGCGCUUUUCCACCAGGCUAUAAAAUGAAGUUCAGAAAAUCAUUUUUGGCUGUUUCCAAGAUGUUAUUCUGUCAUUUAUCCGCAUACAAACUUAUUCAUCAGAUAAUUCCUGAAUCAAAGGUUUCCAUUGUUAACCAGCUUGUUCUUUGUUAUCCAAAACACAAGUGGUCCAUCAUUGAGAACGCGCUUGCCUCUGCUGUCAAUUCUUUCCUUAAUCGUCCUUAUAUGGAAGCAUUAACCACAGGAGUUUUACAGUUCAGGCCAUUAGGCAUCCGUCUCUUCAAGCAACAAAUCGUCGGCUUACCGGAAUCUCAAGAUUUCAUUUCUGUCAACCAUUACACUUCGAUUUACAUUACAAUGGAUCCACGGGACUGGAACGAGUUCCCGAUGGCCAACAGGCGUCCGAACAAGGAUGUCCCACUUUCUGACUUUUCUUGGAGUUUAAUUCCAUCAUCUCUGGAAAGUGCUGUCAGAUGGGUCGACAAAGAGUGGAACCCCCACCAUUUACCAAUAUUCGUCACAGAGCAUGGCCUUUCUGAUAGAGACGACCUCCACAGAGGUUGGUUUACGACUCAAUCUCUCGGUUACUUGAAACACGCCAUUGAUUACGGAAUCCCUGUAAUGGGAUACAUACAUUGGUCGUUACUCGACAACUACGAAUGGAACGAAGGCUACAAACAGCAUUUCGGACUCGUAAAGGUCGAUUUUCAGUCCCAGGAGAGAACUCCGCAGAAGAGCCUCCAAAUGUAUAAAGAAAUAAUAGAAAGAUCUGUCUAA